GGAAAAUGCUAUCUUCCGCUUUAAUUCAAACGCUCAGAAUUUUCUAUUUCAUCUUCUCACUUUUGUCAUUUUCCUUUCUCUCUCCCUCUCAUACCUGUGCCAAAUUUCAAUCUAGGGUUUCUUUUUCUUUUUCUCCCAUUCCCAUUGUGAAUGCGGCUCCUUUGUUGCUAGAUUUCUAUUCGCCGCAAGUAUUUUUGGUGACUUUACAGUGCAGCAGAAUCCACGCAUUCGUCUUCAUGAUCACUUCUAAUGUACACUCUGCACUUGUAGUUUCCAAGAUUCCACCUUUAUUUCUUCCCUAGGUGGAUGGUAUUUCAAAAUUGAAGUUUAUAAGCAUUGUUAUCUACAAAACCAUGUUCUUGAUUUUUGAUUCUUCUGGCGUAUUCUUUUUUGAAUUCGGGUUCAAAGAUUAGAUUUUUAGCUGGAGACAUUUGUUAAAGAAAGAUUCUUUGCGUAAGUGGGCAAUUUUUGGUGAGUAUAUGCAUGGAUAUAAGGGAAGGGAUAGGGCUCUCUGGUUCUGCUUCAUACUAUCUCGGUAGAGGUGGCGGCGGAGGAACACUGUCUUAUGGUUCAGGGUACAAAUCUCAAGCAAACCCUAACAUUGCAGUCCAGUCCAAUAUUAGAGAUGGAACAUUUCAAUUUGAGAAUCAAUCUGGGAAUGCUGCUCAUGGUAGUGAUCCGGUGAAGAAGAAAAGAGGCAGGCCAAGGAAAUAUGGGCCUGAUGGGGCCACCAACAUGUCUUUAGCAUUGUCAACCAUGGCUUCUCCGGUGUCCAUUGGGCCUAAACGCGCUAAAGGAAGGCCCCCUGGAAGUGGGUGGAAGCAACAAUUAGCUCCUCUUGGUGAAUGGAUGAAUAGUUCAGCUGGGCUAGCUUUUACACCAUGUAUCAUACAAAUUGGGGUAGGGGAGGAUAUAGCAGCAAAAAUACUAGCAUUUGCACAGCAGAGACCUAGAGCAUUAUGUAUAUUGUCAGCUAAUGGCACAAUUUCUGCUGUAACACUGAGGCCACCAGGAAGUUCUGGAGCCACUGUAACUUAUGAGGGCCGUUUUGAAAUGCUCUCCUUGACUGGGUCGUACUUGGUUUCUGAAAAUGGCGGUCCUCGGAACAGGACGGGUGGUUUAAGCAUUUCUAUUAGUAGCCCUGACGGGCAUGUCCUCGGUGGUGCAAUUGGAGGGAGGCUUAUUGCAUCAAGUCCUGUUCAGGUGGUGGUAUGCAGUUUCGUGCACGGUAAUGUGAUGAAGAGUAAGAGCAAAACAGAGAGUACGGUUAUCACGGAAGAAGAGAAGGAUUCAGCGGUCGGGUCGGCCUCUGAGAUGAGGUUGUCUUCAUCGACUGUGGUGCUCGCCGCCGGGCCUGCCGCCGAGAUGAGGUCGUCGUCAUCGACAAUGGUGCUCGCCGCCGCUUCUCCUCCAAGUCAAGAUCCUGCCCCAAGCUCUUCAAUUUGGCCUCCAAGUUCCAGACCAGAUAUUAGAACUUUUCAGACCGGGAUUGACCUUAUGCGCGGGGUGGAGCCGUGGAGGUUGAAGGGUUAGUUUUUGGUGGAUCAACAUGGGUGGAUGACGGUGGCGGUAGUGGAGGUGGCAUGGGCGAUGAGCAAAACUGCAAAAGGGGAAAGGUGAAAGGUUGAACAAGGGAGAAGACAGAUGGAUCGUCCACCCCCCUUCUGAAUCGUCGCCUUGAAACGAUCGAGGUGCUAGGGUUUGGAAGAUUUAUCAGUUAUUUUAUUUUUUUAUGAUCUUAUUUUUGCGUUAUGUUUUACAUUGCUUUGUUUUUUGUUGAUGUCUUUAGUUUUAAGUCUACAAUAAUGAAUGACAAUUCUGCUAGAUAUUAUGUCGUUAGAAGGAUCUAUAUGACUAGUGUUUGUUGUGUCACAUUCGUUUGGUGGUUGGCGAUUUGUAUUGCUCUUUCAUGAGUGAUCCGUCUCUGAGUCUAGCUGUAGGGUUGAUAGUGCUAGUUGGUUACGAAUAGUUGUUGUCAGUGUUGGUUUCUUUGAGUUUGUUGUAACGAUUCAAAUCCUAAUAAUAUUAAUAUAAGCAGUUUUUUCUUUCAAAAAAAC